AUGUCGAAGGGUUCCACAACCCCUCGUGUAACAAAUAAUGUUAACAAAAUAUUUCGAGUGAAAAAUGAUGUUUUUUGUGGUAAAAUUAUUGAAUCUAACGAAAUUGUUGUUGUGCCUGGGCAUUGGUACCAGUUUAGCGACAAUAAAUGUGCCUGGCACAUAAAAGAUGCACAAAACCGCGCUGAAAGGGAGGAAGUUUUCAGCACGAGGUGGCCACGCUACAACGCUAAAGUGAUUUCAUCGCACGGUACCUACCGGGAAGCGGUUAGCCGAUCAGAGGCAAUAACUAAUGGCAGUGCUGAUACGGAGGUUUCAGAUUCCGCCAGAACUUUUCGUGAAAAGGAGAAGACAAAUACUAGACUAAAACGAACUACUGUUAAGAAAACAAUCCCGGAAGAUGUGUAUGACGAAAGCGAUGAGGAACGCAUCGAUAUUUUUGCUCACAUAGAUGGUGGUGCUGAAGAUUUAGCCUCUAUGUGGUCAUCGCCAUCGCCUUUGAUUGAAAACCGUGUGGAACAAGUAUUGUUUACAAAACCUGCCUCCCAAACGACGAAUUGCGUAGAUCCUGCGGAAGUGAAAGAUUUACGUAGGAGCAAUUCACCACAAUCCGAUAAAUCAUUAGGGGCCAGUGUAGUGCUAGAUGAGCGCCAAAUAGAAAAUGCUGGUUCCGCUGGAUACAAGUAG